AUGUCUGCCGAGGGCGUCGAUGCUGCCGCGCCGAAUCUGAACCUGAACCCCGAAGAGAAACGUCUCUAUGGCCAACUGUUCCGCCAAGCCGAUACCGAAAGCGUAGGAGUUGUGACGGGUGAAACCGCUGUCAAGUUCUUUGAGAAGACUCGACUCGAUUCAAGAGUAUUGGGAGAGAUAUGGCAGAUCGCCGACAAGGAGAACCGGGGGUUUUUGACGCCAGCAGGCUUUGGGCUGGUGCUGAGACUUAUCGGUCACUGCCAAGCUGGACGUGAGCCGACGACUGAGAUAGCCCUCCAACCAGGACCUUUGCCGCGUUUCGAUGGCAUGCCUCCUCCAGCAGGUCUCGCGUCUCCUACACCUCCGCCCGCUGCCGCUCUACAAGCCCAAGGCACUGGCGGUGGAUCCAUCAGAAUCCCUCCUCUCACACCUGAGAAGGUCAACCAAUACUCUGGAUUAUUCGAGCGUCAGCCGCUGCAAGCAGGCAAUCUCUUGCCCGGUGACGCGGCCAAGUCCAUCUUUGAGAAAUCGGGCCUGCCGACCGAGGUGCUGGGCAGAAUCUGGCAGUUGGCCGAUACUGAACAGCGCGGAGCAUUGGUUCUGACCGAGUUCGUCAUUGCCAUGCAUCUGCUCACAUCCAUGAAGACGGGUGCUCUUAGAGGCUUGCCCAAUAUCCUCCCAGCACCUCUCUACGAGGCCGCAACUCGACGUGGACCUCCCGCUCCCAGGCAAUCACCCACCGCAACUGGACCUAUCUCCGCAAUUCCGCGACAACUCAGUGGCACGGCCCAGUAUCGUGCUGGCAGCCCCCUUGGUCGCCCGCCCAUCACUGCGCAGACAACUGGCGCUCCUGUUAGCGACUGGCUGGUCACUCCCGACGACAAGCAGCGCUUCGACGUCCUUUACAACGACUUGGACAAAACUCAAAAGGGCUUCAUCACUGGUGAGGAGGCCGUCCCCUUUCUCAGUCAAUCGAACCUCCCCGAGGACGCUUUGGCCCAGAUCUGGGAUCUCGCAGACAUCAACUCCGAGGGGCGUUUGAAUAGAGACACUUUCGCCGUUGCCAUGUACUUGAUCCGUCAGCAGCGAACAAGACGCGACGGCACUGUUUCCCUCCCGGCAUCACUCCCACCCAACCUCAUUCCGCCUAGCCUGCGGACGCAGGCCCGCCCUCAGACCUCAGGUUCUCCGUUUGAUGCUCCUCCCCCGCCCCAACCCCAGGCACCAGCUCCGGCUCCCGCCCCGAAGUCUGCUCUCGAUGACUUGUUCGGCCUCGAUACACCGCCAGCACCCGCUCCUGCGCAAGUUGCCCUGUCUACCGGUGGCUCGAAUGCGAACGAUCCCUUCGGCUCCGGCUCCGCUGUACUAGCACCCUCUUCCCCAAUCCGACCGUCGCCUACGGGAAAUCAGUUCAAGCCAUUUGUGCCCUCUUCCUCUUUUGGCCGUGGACUUACAGUUCACAACACAGGAGAUUCUAACUCCGGUCGCCCCCCUGCCCCUUCAGCGUCCGAAGAUCUUUUGGGAGACGGUGACCCUGAGGUCAGCAAGAAGUUGACAAACGAGACGGCCGAGCUCGCGAACCUGUCGAACCAGGUCGGCUCUCUGUCCAAGCAAAUGCAGGAAGUUCAGGGCCAGCGCACGACAACGCAGAAUGAACUGAACCAAGCCAACUCGCAGAAGAAGAACUUUGAGCACCGCCUCGCCCAACUCCGUACCAUGUAUGAGAAGGAAGCUAAAGACGUCGAAUCUUUGCAGGUGCAGCUCAAUACCUCGAGAAACGAGACGAAGAAGCUACAAGGCGAAUGCAUGACAUUGGACGGCACCUACCGAGACUUGCAGACGCAGCACCAGCAAGUGUACGCCGCACUGCAAGCUGAUCAACAAGAGAAUGCCAAUCUGAAGGAGAAAAUCCGCAACCUUAACGCAGAAAUCGCUCAGCUCAAGCCCCAGAUCGAGAAGCUCAAAUCCGAGGCGCGGCAGCAAAAGGGUCUUGUUGCUAUUAACAAGAAGCAGUUGACAACUAACGAGGGUGAGCGUGACAAGCUUCAAACUGAGAUCACUGAUCUUCACAAGAGCCACGAGGAGUUGUCUCGCCAGGUGAACACAAGCUCUCCUGUAGCGUCGUCGGCCCAAGUAGCUAGCCCAACGCCCUCGACCGCCAGUGGAAACAAUCCCUUCUUCAAGAGGACAGGUAGCACUGAUAUCAUGGGUACUUUCACUUCGCCGCCACCUGCUAAGCCUUCGAGUGGUGACAAGUCCUUUGACGAUGUCUUUGGUCCAGCGUUUCCUCCCGUAGGCUCUGCCAGUACCCCACCGCCUGCUACCUCGUUCAACCCGCAACACACAGGUGCGUCGACCGCUAGCUUGGGCUCGUUUUCGACACCUCCUGUUUCCACGCCUCCUGCUAUCAGCAGGCAAGCUACUCUUACAGCUGAGCCUCCUGCUCCUCCGCAGUCAAGACAGAUCAGUUCGAGCUUCCUGCCGUUUGGCGACGCAAAUGAAUCUCUGAGCUCUUCUCGGGCUGUUUCACCGCCUGCUUCUCGAGCUGAGGGCGAUGUUGAGACUCCUCAGGCAAAUUCCCUGCCUGGAGCCUUCCCCCUGGAGCCUACGGCUACGGGUCAGAGCACGGCAUCCACUUCAACUGCGAGCUUCCAUGAGCCCGCGGCUCAAGGUGAUGUAAAGCCUUCGAGCAACGGAGCUGCAGCCGCGGGUGUGGCAGUAGGAGUGGCAGCAGGUGCGGCAGCGGGGGGGGCUGCGACAGGCAGCGCUGCGGCGGAUUCUGACCCAUUUGCAGCAAUGGGCCCGAACGACGCCAAGGCUGAUUUCGAUGAUGCAUUUGCAAGCUUUACUAGCGCGCACAAUAACUCUGACAAAUCCGGUACUGACACAACCAAACCCUUCUCAGCUUUUGAUUCUGAAUUCCCACCCAUCUCCGAGCUUGAUCGCGACGACGAUGACGACGAUUCGGACACUGCCAGUGAGGGGGGCGGCUUUGACGAUGACUUCGCCCCGGCAUCCCCUCAAGCCAAGAAGACUGAACCUCCUAUGGAGCCCAAGGAUGCCACUUCUCCGACUGCACCUGUGGCUGCGGCUGCUCCUCCUGCCAUUGAGGACCCGGCCUCUCCUGCGCCUAUCCCCGAAGCUCCUGCUGCGGCGUCUACUUUCCCCGAGACAUCAGAGGCUGACGUUGCCCCAACGCCCGCGACUACGCAACACCCGGAGCCCAAAGCUCAUUCCUCCUUUGACGAUCUUGAUGACGAGUUCGAGGGUCUAGAAGAUGCCAAAGAGGGCUCUGCCGAUGAUGACUUCCAAACAAUCUCUAGAUCUGGCCUGGACGAUUUCAACCCGGUCUUCGACAGCAGCCCGCCACCCAGCCAAGCCAAGACAGAGUCUACUGCGUUUGGACAAGAGAGCAGCUACGACUUUGGAUCAGUGUCGCCAAACCCGGCCGCUGGUGAGAACGCUGGUGCGGCGUCGAAGAGCCCAGCAGCGGCUCCGGAUGCACAGGACUGGGAUGCCAUCUUUGCCAGUCUCGACUCACCGAGUGACGCCAAUGCAAACCCCACAGUAAAUGCUGCUGCUGCUGCUGCUCCUGCUCCUGCACCUCCUGCAGAAGAGACUCGACCAACCCCUGGCAGAGCCCUCACACAAACCGGCGAGCAUGAUGACCCGAUUCUAAAGAACCUCACCAGCAUGGGCUAUUCAAGAGAAGACUCCAUUCUCGCCUUGGAGAAGUAUGACUACAACUUGGAAAGGGCGGCCAACCAUCUCGCGAGCCAGUCUUAA